UGUUGUUCGGUGAAUGCACGCGCCUUCGAAACUUAUAUUUCCAAGCGCUCGUUUCUUCUUCAGUACUGUGACGGCGUGUCGUACGCGGAUACCGUGAAUAAAUUGUUUGCUUGAUUAUUUUUUUUUAUUUUGUUUCUAUUUAUUUCAUUGUUGAUUAGGCUUUUUUGACAAUUUAUUAAGAGUUUUGUGAUGCACAUGAUUGGAUUAAUUAGUGAUUAAUUAAUUUUUUAUUUAAUAGUAAAUCAAGUGUGGUUUUUUUUUUUUAAUCUUGUGAACUGUGAGUUAACUGUGUGUUUGAAGAUGUUAAAAAAAUAUAUAACUUUUUAUUGAAUAUAUAUAUACACUUGGAAUUUACAUGUUGAUAGACGUUUGGGUAAAAUGGCAAGUAACAAUGACAUUGUUGAUGAUGAAGAUUUGAUUGAUCUUGAUGGUGGUGUUUGUGUAUCAAGAUUAUUUCUUCAAGAUAAUUGUCUAGAUGAACAUGAGCAUUUACUUGAUGUAUGUCCUCCAAAACUUGAACAAAAAUUAUCAUUAACAAAAGAACAAAAACAUUAUCAUGAACAUUGUAAUGAUGAGAAUGAUGAUGAUGAUAAUAAUGAUGAUGUGCUUGUUACACUUGGACAUGAUCAGGUUGUACCAAAUUUAAAAAGAAUUGAUGUGGUAUCAUCAGAAACAAUAAAAAGAGUUAAAAAUAUAACAAAAAAUUUAGAACCAUUUAUUGGGAAUAUAAAAUUAAAUGAUUAUAUUGAUAAUGACAAUACUAUUGAUAAAAUUGAUGGUAUUUUUAAUGAUGACAAUGAUAAAGAUAAUGGUGAUGAUGAUGAUGAUACUCGUGAAACAUUUUCAAAUGUUGAACAAGCAAUAAGUGCAUUUGAUUUUCUUGCUGAUCUUGAUGAUAAUGAUGAUACAACUGGACAAGAUUUAAGUGAUAAUAAAAAGCUAAAUAAUAAUAAUAAUGAUGAUGAUAAUAAAAUUUUAUCAUAUCCACUUGAACCAAAAUGUUUUAUUAAUAAUUUAAAUGAUAAAUAUAAAGAUAUUGAUAAAUCAAAUAGUACACUUGAUACAUGUGAAUAUGAACCAGUUAUUAAAAAAAAUAAUUAUACAAAUGAACAUGAUAAUUUUGGCUUUGAAUUAUCACCACCAAAUAAAAAACAAAAAAUAAUUGAUUAUCAUAAUUUUAAUAUUGAUGAUAAAUUAUUACGUAUUAGUUUUAAUAAAAAAUCUAAAAAACAAAAUAAUAUAUUUGAUAGAAAAUCAUGGAGUGAAGGUGCUACAUGUCAUACUGAUAAUUAUAUUGAUGAAAUUGAAAGAUCAAAUAGUUUUGAUAAUGAUUAUCAGUGUCAACCAUCAACAUCAACUGGAAUAUCAACAAAUCAAAUUGGGAAAUCAGAAGUAUUAUCACGUUCAUCAUCUGAAUGUUCUGAGGUUGAUUGGUCCUGGGUAGAAGAGUUAGAGCAUCAACGUUCAUCAGUACAACGUUCUACAUCUGAUUAUUUACCUCAUAAUAAUUCCCCCACUGUGAUCAACCAAGCGAGUAAGCCGAGUGAACUGAGUCAGUUUAGUUUGGCAAGUACAACGACAUUCACUACAUCUCCUGCUGUUAAAAGCACAAGUAAUAACAACGACAAUACAACAACACUACCACCACCACCAACAACGUCAACAACAACAGCAACAACAACAAUCAACACUCAAAAUAAUAAUAAUAAUCAAGAAGUACGCAUGCGUUCACCAAGUCAAUUUAAAACACAAACAAAUGCCAGUAUCGUGAUGUCCGUCGACGAGACGGUCAAGUCAUUGUCGACUUAUACAACUCCAAGUAUAAAUACUAGUGAUAAUAUUAAUUUACAAAAUAAUAAUUACAGUAAUAAUAAUAAUGAAGAAUCGAAUAUAUCUUCAAUGACAACAACAACAACAACAAUUGAUACAUCAUCAAUACAAAAUGAACAAUUACAAUGUUUAAAUACCCAAAAUAUAACAUCAACACCUGGUACAAGUUCUUGGAUACGUGCAUCAAUGAGACGUUUACGUCAUUUACGUCUUCCUGAUACUGAAUUAUUACAAAAUCAAGUAACACAACAAAAUUCAUUACCAGAUAUUGCAUUAAUUGCACCAGAAAUACUUGCUGCACAUACAAAUGGUACAACAACAACAACAAUAUUACGUCCAUCAAGUGCACCAAUUGUUAGAAAUACAACAACAAUUAUAAAUACACCAAGAAGAGGUAGAAGAAAUAAUAAUAAUAGUAAUAACAAUAGUAAUAUACAAAUUUCAAGAUCAACAAGGAAUUCAGUUAAUAGUGUUAAUGGUGAUGGUGAUGAUUCUAGUGUUGUUAUUAAUAGUGCAUCUUCCGUUAGUCCAGCAACUAGAUCACUACAACAUCAAACAACUGUAGUAAAUUCAACAAGAAGAAAUUGUGAUAGAAGACGUGAAGCAACUCCUCAUGAAAAUGAAAGAACUGAAGAAGAUGAGGAUGAUGAUGAUGAAGAUGAUGAGGAUGAUGAAAACAAUCCAUUGGGCAGAUGGCCACUUCCCUUGAAUCCGACCUUGGCAUGUCUCGGUUGUACACUUGGUCUUUUCAACAUCAGUAGGUUUGCAAUACUCAGCGUUCACUUUGGCGCAAAUUUUAUUGUACAAUUUAUAAUAUUGUCAUUAAUACUGGGGAUUCCUCUGCUCACAUUACAAAUAUGCCUUGGUCAACGUUUACAUUCAGGUGCAGUUGAUAUGUGGAAAAUUUCACCAAUAUUUCAUGGAGUUGGUAUUGCUCUACUCGUUGCACAUGCCUUCAUUGGAAUAUAUAGUAUUAUUGGAAUUUCUUGGAUGCUUGUUUACUUCAGAGAUUCAUUUAUCACUAAACAAGAUAAAUAUCGUUGGGCAGAACCAUUUAUUGGAUAUAGAGAUGAUUUUAAACCAAUGAAUAAUGGAAUAACUUAUAAACUUCAUGAAACAGUACCAGAUUAUUUUAGUGGUGUUGUUUUACAACGACAUCAUUUAAAUGAUACAAAUCCUGGUGUUGUUACAAUUAAAUUUCAAGUUGCAUUUAAUCUUGCUGUUGUUUGGAUGAUUGUAUUUGUAUCAUUAAGUAAAGGUUUAAAAUCAUAUGGAAAAGUAAUUUAUGGUUUUACACUAUUUCCAAUAUUACUUAUUUUAAUAUUUUGUGUAAAAAUAGUUAGUUUAAUACCAACAGAACCAAUAGUAGAUUUAUUUCCAGCAACUGAAUGGCAUGAAUUUUUUAUAUCAAAAGAUUCAUGGGUAUCAGCAUCAUCAGAAGUUUUUUUAACAUGGGGAUUACUUGGAGCUGCUAGUAUGCAGAUUGCUGCACAUAAUAAAAAAAAAUAUCUUCUUCAACGUGAUGCAAGUCUUGUGAUAGUACUGACUUUUCUUGUUCUUUUACUUGCUGCAUUUUUAGCAAAUGCAUGUGUUCAAAUAUUAAGAAUUCAUGGUUACAUAUAUACAACAAGUUCAUUUGAACAAAUGUCAAGCUAUGUAUUUAUGAGAUCAGUUAAUCAACCAGCACCACCAGGACAAGGUGGUACACCUGAAAGAUUUAUGAAACAUGCAUCAUUUAUUAUUGGACAACGUGCAAUACGUCCUGGUGCUGAUGCAAGUGUUGAAUCUGGCUAUCAAGCAUUACGUUUAUCAACUGAACUUGUACCAGCAACAUUAUCUAUUCUUGGAACUGAAACAAUAUCACCAUUUUAUGCUGUAAUAUUUUAUUUAGCACUUAUAUUAUUUGGCAUUGCUCAACAGCUUGCAAUAUGGCAUUGUGUGAUAACUGGAAUAAUGGCAAUAAAUACUAAAAUGAUAAAAUUAUGGGAAACAACAAUAACAUUUUUUAGUUGUACUUGUGGAUGUAUUCUUGGUCUACCAAUGGCAACUGAGUGUGGUAUUUACGUAGUAUAUUAUUUAGAUUAUACAAUUGGAGGUGGUUGGUGGAUAAUGAUGUUAUAUUUAGUACAAGUUGGUGCUGUAUUUGUUGUACGAGGUAGACCACAUACUGGUGAUACUGUUGUAUCUGAAUUAUUUCCACCAAAUAGUGGAUGUCUUAAAAAUUGGGCUGGACCAUUAUUAUCAUUUACAUGGAAUGUUAUUAUGCCAAUAACACUUGUUGUAUUGGGUUGUACGUUAUUUAAAUUUGGUGGUUUUCGUGAUUUAUAUGUUUAUAAAAAAACAAGAGGUGAAUAUUGGGCAGUAUGGGCAAGACAAUUAGGUGCAGCAAUACAACUUGUUCCAAUAUUAUUAAUACCAGCUGUUGCAAUUAUUCAAACUUGUCGUUAUCUUAAUAAUGGACCACCUGAUAUAUUUGAUAAUGAACAAAUGGAGGUAAAUUGUACUUAUUGUGAACAAUGCAAUGCAAAUCGUAUACAAAUGUUGUAUCGACCAAAUUUGGAUAGUGAAGAAACACGUCAUGGUACAGCUCGAUAUGGCAAUCCAACAAGUACAAGUAUUCAUGGUAAUGGAAUUUUACCAACAACAGAUAUACCAUUUGAAGAUCCACCACCAAAAUAUACACCACCACCAAGUUAUACAACAGCAACUGGUGCAAGAAUUGCUAAAAUGUUAAGACAAAGUUUUCGUCGUAGUGUACGUAGAAUAGCAAAUGUACUUGGUGAAAGUAGUAGUGUAUUACCACGUACACGACCAGCGCUACAACCACCACCACCAUCAUCACCACCUCCACCACCACCACCGCCAGAUUAUGCAACAGUACUUGUUGAAAUGAAUCAAAGUGUUUUAUCACAUGACAUAUCAAUAAACACAAUUGAUCAAUUACAACAGCAACAACCACAACAACAAUUACAAUUACAACAAUUACGACCAGAUGUUAUUGAUACUGGUACAAUGACAAACGUAACAAGUUUUGGUGAACGACAUAGACCAAAUACAAUUGACAGAAUGACUAGAAUAAAUACACUUGAUAGAUGUACCAUUGAACGUACACAUUCAACAAUUGAUAGAAAUAGAAGGUACAUGACAAAUGGUACAUCAACUUUAACUGCAGCUGAUGUUGCUAAUUUAUUAAGAAGUAGUAUGAGACGUGGUACAUCAAGAAAACAACAAACAAUUAGAAAUUCAAUUCAUAAUGUACCAACAACAGCAGCAUCUGUUGAAAAUUUAGUUUGUGCUGCAGCACCAAUUAAUCAAGACUCAUUGGUCAUUGAUAAAAAUUCAGAACUAGUCAAUGAGCAAAGUAAUGACGAUAGAGACGAUGACGAUGACAAAAAGACUGUUGAAAUUGAUCAAUAUGUGAUAUAAAUAAUUCAAAAAAAAAUUAAUUAAUUAAAAUUAACAAUUAAAGUAUUGUGUAAUUAAUAUUAUUGAUUUUGUUUUUUUGUGGAUCUAUUAUGAUCAUGUGUAAAAAAGAAAAGAAAGAAAAAAAAUGUAUAGAAUUAAUUUAUAAGUUAUUAUACGCAUAAUGAAUUUGAAUUAGAUAUUUGUUUAUAAUUGAAUUCAAUUUUUCUUCGAAGAUAUGAACAAAUGCACAAAUAAUGAGUCAUAAUUAAUUGAAAUAUUUAUAUAUCAGUAAAUAUUAAUUGUCAAAUGUAGGGAAGAAUUAAAUUCAAUAAAUUUAUUAUUAUUUUUUUUUAUUUUUAAUUUUUUUAAAGUGAAUUUAAAGAGAUAUGCAAUAAGUAAUAAGUUUAUAUUGUAAAUGUGUUCGAUAGAAUUUUGUUAGCACAAUUAAAAUCAGAAGAUUUUAUUUCCAUGCAUAAUAAUUGAUAUGAUAUAGUUUGUGUUCCUUAUUUUAAUAAUUAAUCAAGUGAUGAUUAUUAAUUUUAUUGUAAAUAAAUUGUAGUAUUUUUAUGAUUUUGAUGUUAUUAUUAAACACCAAAUAACUCGUUUUAA